CUAACUUACUGAUAUAUUGUACCCAUGAGAUAGUGUCUUGUUGACUAGAAAACUACUGAAAACUAUGGCGCUCCGACCCUUUACAUUGCGUUUCCAGAAAUGCAUUCUUUUCCCUCAAAAAAGGAUAAAUAGAUCCAUUCGCAGUCUAAGUGACAGCACAGAAGACAUCCGGUACGAGAUCCGGUACGAGAUCCGGCCCAUGAAGCGCGCCGACCUGCCUAGUUUGUACGCCCUCCUGGCAGAGAAUAAGUGGAACAUGGAGAUGUCGUACCUGGAGUGUGUCUUCAAUACCGACCCCACGGGACUGGUGGUGGUCGUCAAGGACAACGGGGAGGUCAUAGGUCAUAACGGGAUCCUUGCUCACAGCGACACCAUAGCGUCCUCUGGAAUGAAUGUCGUAAAGGACGAAUACCGGAAGUUGGGGAUCGGAAAACAGAUGUUCCGGGACGUGAUGAAAGUGAUGGGAGACAGAAAUGUCGGGGGGACUUCGCUAUCUAACCGGAUCACGUUUUACGCCCAGUUCGGCUGGACCAUAAAGUCGUACACCUUCCAUUAUAACCAAGGACCUGUCAAUCCAGAGUUUAUAGCAGACGUUCCAGAGGGAGACUUCGAGAUCGUCAGUGCACGUGACAUUAAGUUUGAUGACGUCAUUGCAUACGACUCCGAGAUACAUACGGUGCCGAGACCAGUCUACAUCAGUAAUUGGGCCGAGCACCAGCUAGCCAACACUUACGUGGCCUUAAAGAGUGGACGUGUUGUUGGGUACGGGGUGGUACGUCCGUCUGAUGUAGGAUACAAGAUGUAUCCGCUGUAUGCUGAUGAUCCAAAGAUUGCUAAAGCUCUGUUCUGUAGACUCGCCUCACACAUUCCUGCCGGACAUGAUCUGAUCUUCACUCAGCCUAUAGACAAUGACCAAGCAAAUGCAAUGGUCGCCGGCAACAAACUGACGUCCUAUCUCUCCAUGACAAGACUUUACAAUAAGUGGAACAUACCGGUGGAUAUAAAGAGAGUGUAUUCAGUUUCCACAACGGAGUAUGGAAUCAUUUAGUGACGACACAUCUUGUAGUUUUUUUAAUUGUGUAAAACAUA